CGAAGUUGGACGCUCAACCAACUGAGCCACCCAGGCACCCCACUUCUAAACUGCAUCUUAAAGGUGGCUGGAAAUAGAGCAUGCUUCAUUUAUUCAGGGAAUGUUUACUGAGCACCUUCUAUGAGCCAGGCACAGUUGUAGGCACCAUAGACACUGCAGUGAACUGGACAAAGUCCCUGUUCUCUUUGCAGCAGAGAAACCUACAAUAAGCAUAUGACAAAUAAUUAUAUAUUAGGUAGUGAUGCCUAUUAAUACCACAAAACAAAGCUUUAAUAAGGGGAACAGAGAGUGAUAACGGUUACUAUUUUAGAUAGGAUAGUCAGAGAAGGCCUCUAAUGAGAUGACAUUUGAGCAGAAUCCUGAAUGAAUGAGACCAAAAAACAAAGGGAAGCCAUUUCAGACAGAAGGGCCAGCAUGAGUAAAGGUAUAAUAGUCGUGAAAAGUGUAACAUCUUUAGUACAAAGUGAGAUAUUCUCACUGAGCAAGAUGGAAUGCAAGCAGGGAGAGUGUGGUAGAUGAGGCUGGGAAGGAAGGAAGAGAGGGAGGGAGGAAGAAAUGGGAAAGGUCAAGAACAGUUUCUGGGUCUAAGCUUGGGUGACUGAGUGGGUGAUAAAGCCAUUAACCAACUCGGGGACCCCUGGAGGAGAGGCAGUUUUAGGAAUGCAAAUAAUGAAUUUGAUUUGGGGCAGUGGGAAAUACAGAAUUGGAUAUUAGGAGUCAGGGCUAAAAUACAAAUUUGGCUCUUACCAGCAUGUCAUGGAAAUUUAAAAAGAAGGAGCAAGAAGAGUAGUCAGCCUUGUCAGAUACUGCAGAGAAUUUUAAUAGGAUGAGAAUUUUUAAAAGGCCAUCAGAUUUGACAUUUGGAAGGUUGGCAAUAACUUCAAGAAGGCCAAUUUCAGUAGAUGUCGAUAGGGCAAAGCCACAUCAUGGUUCAGUUAGAAAGUGAAAGGAUAAGAGGCUGGGAUUGUCCAGCCAAGGUGACUGUCUUCUCCCUUCCCAAAGCUCUUCCUUGGAAGCUUUGAACCUGAGGUCAGAUCUUCUCCCACUCCUUCCUUAACUUUCUUCACAUAAAGCCUAGUACUGGAUGCUUGAGAUGGGGACAUGAUGGAGGGACAAAUAUUCUCAGAUCCUUGGGUCUCUGAUGGGAAAGGGGCCAGGGAUAGGGGAGCCUGAUGUUGGUGAAGCAGGUAUUAAAGGGAGCAUCUUCAGUGGGGAACAGCAGGUCGGGCCUGUUCCGAGACCUGUCUCCAGAGGGGGAGAAAGAUGAAACAUAUAAGUCUCUGUUGUAUGUGGAAACCGGACCAGGAAGCUGAGGUAGGCUGCAGAGCAAAGGCUCUGGGGGGCUGGUGGGGGGAAACAUGAAUAAUUAGUCAAGAAACUCAGCCCCGGUGAGAGAGUACAAUGACAAAGCGUGAGGGCUGGGAGUAGAAGCUGACAGUUAACUGACAGACACUGGAAGAAAUUUAGGGAGGAAUGCUUAGGUUUCUUAGAGCACAGGAACUAAAGAUGGGCAGGGAAGGCUAUUGGCCGUGCUUGUGACCACAAUGAUAGCAGUGAGGGGAUGGUUAAUGAAUUUAGGAAUGGUCCCAGCAAUACCUGGUAUAUUAGAUGUUCAACAAAUAUUUGUGAAGCCAAAAGGGGUCGUUCCUCCACAGAUAAUGUGGAGGAAAAGGAUUCGAUACUGGAGUUCUGAAGAGCUGUUAGAAAAUGCCUAGGUUCCCUUCAGGGAGAGGAUGGAGGCAGUGACUGAGAUCCCAGACCUCUUAAAAGUACAAAGCCAGAGAGAGAGAGACCUAUACCACGGAGGGAGUUAGAAGCAUAGACCAGGGUGGGAAACCCACUCGUUUAAUCCUGCAGACCCAAGGGAUUACCGGUAGGUCUACUAGAUUUCCUCACCCCUGCCCAAAUACACCCCUGGCCUCAGUUUCUUUCACCUGCACCUCUAUCUCUGCCCACUAGGGGGCGGGGCUCAAGGGCAAGGCUGGUGGCUGUUCCGAAGCCUCGAGGACCAUCCGUUCCUACCAGACUCCCUGCUCCGGUGCCGUCUUACCCCAUGGCGGGACCCAGGCCCUCAUACUUCUCCCCACUGCCAGGCAGUGGUAGGGGCGGGCAAGGACCGGUGCCGGUGCGGGUUGACACUCCGGUCUGGUUGACCGCCCAGGCGGCUCCGAGCAUGCUGAUGGUCCAGCCGGGAAUCCAGCAGGGGGUCAGCCCAGGCCCUGAGAUGUGGGAGAUGCCCCUGGGUCCCCUGCCAUACAAAUUCCGGGGCGGGAUGGCACCCUGCACCCCCGAGGUCGGAGCUGGCAAGGUGGGAGCCUGGUUCACGAGCCCCUCAGAGGGCACCUUCCCCAGGCCCUACAUCGUCCUGCAGUGCAUCCCAAGGUUGGCACUGCCAGAGGACGUCUCAGCCAUAGAGAAAGAGAUGGAGCAGCUGGCCAAGGAGCUGAGGCGAAAGAGAAUGGCCCUGGGGUACUCACAGGCCGACGUGGCGUUCGCCGUGGGGGCUCUCUUUGGAAAGGUUCUUAGCCAGACAACCGUCUGCCGCUUUGAGGCCCAGCAGCUCAGCAUCGCCAACAUGUGGAAGUUGGGACUGCUGAUGAAAAUGUGGCUGGAGGAAGUGGACACCAAGAACUUUAUGGGUGUAUGCAAAAUAGAGAUGAUCCUGCAGCAGGCUCGGAAGCGAAGACAGGAAAGCAGGGAGCAAGGCAUCGUAAACUAUCUGGAGAAACUCUUCUUGCAGUGCCCGAAGCCCACACCCCAGCAAAUCAGCCGCAUCGCUGGGCAGCUCCGGCUACAGAAGGAACUGGUCCGAGUUUGGUUCUAUAAUCGGAACAAGAUGGGUGUUCAGCCAACCAUUGAUUUCUCCCCACAGGAGGAUGUGGGGGCAGGGGGGUGGCCUCCUUUCCCAGGGGGGCCGGUAUGCUUUCCUCUGGCAUCAGGGCCCCAUUUUGGUUCCCCCUGCUAUGAAGAGCCCUAUUUUAUACACUUCACCCCUUACCCUGUGGAGGGGACCCACCUCUCUGCCCCAGCCACCCCUCUUGGCUACUCUAGGCUUUCAAACUGAGGGGCCCGCCCUUCUGGGCAGAGCUGAACUGGGGAAAUGGGUGAUGCCUGAGGUUCAUUUCAGGGCUGUUAACAUUAAGAGCUCCAUUAACUGUCUAAAAAGGUUAAUACUUAAGGGAUGGUUUGGGAGUUGAUUAGGAAAUUCAGGGGAGGGAAGUUGAAGUUUAUUAUUCCAGUGUUUUUACCUAGCAUUGACUUUAAGGUACAUUACGUAUAUGGUUU